AUGAGGAACUUGUUGGUUCCCGAGGGGUUCCCCUCAGAGCGUCCCUGGGCCAGGUUCUAUGUGAAGGUGUAUAGAGCAGAGGGUCUGCCUCGUAACAACUCCUCCAUCAUGGCUAACGUCACCAAGGCCUUCAUAGGGGAAAACACAGCCCUCAUAGACCCAUACGUGGUGGUGUCCUUCUUCAAACAGAUGGGCAGGACGUCCACCCAGAAGAGUACAGCAGACCCUGUGUGGAACGAGCAGAUAGUGUUUACGGAGAUGUUCCCUCCUCUGUGUCAGCGGCUUAAGAUCCAGGUCUGGGACGAGGGCAGUAUGAACGACGUGGCCAUAGGAACACACUACAUAGACCUGAGGAGGAUCUCCAAUGAACAGGACGGGGACAAAGGCUUCCUCCCUACCUUCGGUCCGGCCUGGGUCAACAUCUACGGUUCAGCCCGUAACUUCUCUCUAGUGGAUGACAACCCCGAACUGAACGAGGGGGUGGGGGAGGGGGUGUCCUGGAGAGGCAGGGUGUAUCUGGAGCUGGCUGUAGAGAUCCUGUCGGGUGGGGGAGGGGGAGGGGGGAGUCUAAGCUGUCCCGGUUAG